AUGAAUACAUUCGACUCAUCGGCGCCGCCUCCGACAGGUCCCAGCACCUCCGGAGGUGCAAAAAACAACCAGUCAUCGUCACGCUCGCCCACAGAUUCAGCCCUGUCCUCGUCCUUCGGCAGCACCCGGUCCCACUCAAGCUCCUCCUCCAGAAACCAUGCACGUAACCAGAACCCAGUCCAAGCCUCAUAUCAAUCUACCGAGUCUACCCCAAUCAACGCAGCCGGUCCCGCCGGCCGCAACUAUCAGUCCACAGAGCAAGCAGCCGCCUCUCAACUCAAAGACCUCGGCGUAGAUAAUGCGAACUCUGGCAAUGGCAGUCAACCAGCCAACCAAGACCCAACCCCCGAGCCCAAGCAGUCCUGGUAUAGUCGAUUCGCAGAUCGAUAUGGCAGUCUCGAGCUAGACAACAAAGGCAGUGUUGCCCGUGAUCACCUCGCAUUAGGUAUGAUAUGUGCAGCCUACCUUGAACCCACCAACAUAGAACUCUCUAACAUCCACCCCUUUCCAACAGAACGAACAUUCUUAGCCUGGAUGCGCACAUCCCUAGCCUUUGCAUCAAUCGGCAUCGCAGUAACACAACUCUUCCGUCUAAACAGCACCUCCGCAAACACACACGCCAAUUACUAUGAUCCAGCAUCCGGCUCAAACCCGGGUAUCCUCCCACCAAACCUCGCAUCUGGCUACGGUUCAGCCGUAUUCGAGUCCAGCUCUGCAUCCGCCCGUCUUCGUAGUGUGGGUAAACCCCUCGGCUCGACCUUCAUUGGCGUCUCGAUCCUUAUCCUUGCUAUUGGCUUCCACCGCUACUUCCAGAGCCAGUACUGGAUUAUCCGGGGGAAGUUCCCGGCUAGUCGGGGCAGUGUGGCUCUUACGGGGCUUGUGGCUGGUGCGCUGAUUAUUACUACUCUUGCAGUUAUCCUGGCGGUUUCGCCUGGGGCUGUUGAGCGUUAG